GUGCUGGUUUGGAAGGGUUUUUAAGGGGAUGCACAGUAAAAUAAUUCAGCUGCAUAGUGGAGAAGACAUGGAGGAACAGAGCAGCAGAAGAAAGCCUACUUAUGAGGAAGACAGUGCAAGGAGAAAGGCUACUGCUAUGUCCAAACAGGAGAUGGUGUACAUGGUGUCCAUCCUGGAAAAAAAAGAUUAUGACUGCAAAGAGGCAGAGUAUUCAAGGCCGAAUACUAGGAAAAAUAAUAUCUUGGACAUAAUCAUCCAAGGGCUUCAUAAGAAGUUUGAAAUAACCAGAUCAAAAGACCAGCUUCGUAAAAGAUGGUCAGAUUUGAAGUUGAGAGAGCGAGAACAACUUCUAAGCAUUAGAAGGAUAAUUAAAAAAAAACAAAAGCGUAAAAAGUUACUUUGGACCAGAAAAUAUUCUAGAGGAGGUGCCUCUUCUUCUGUGGGGAAGGCUGAUCUGCCAGAGUCAGAGGAUUGUGAGAAGGAUGACAGGGAGGGGAAUAAUGACUUGGAUGACACUGCCCACAAGAGCCAGGAAACAGAAAGCUAUGAGCCAGAAAUACAAUGGCAGACCAUUGAUCCACUUGAGCAGUCAAAAACCUAUGCAGCCUCUGAUGCAACAAAAAAUCCAGUGGAACAGUUGAGUGACACGUCUCCUAGCAGCCCAUGCAUCCUACUAACCAGUACAGGUCUAAGCUGUGUCAGAAUUCUGGUAAUGCAGGGAAAGCAGCUCAGACGUGCAGUGGGUCGACCGGGAAGAUACAGGGAGGAUUCAAGACCUCAAGGCUGGGGGAAAUCGAGAGCAGCCCCCACAGGCCAGCAGAUUAUCCCUGUACCAGUAGCGCAGGUUCCCCCAAUUCCCAGGGGUCCCCCAGCAGCUUUGCAUCAGCAACCCCCCCCCUAGCAGCCCCAGCCAGCCCAGCAGUUAUGGCAACCUUUCCCCACAAAGGUCCAGCAGCAGGCAGGGGCCACGUCACCACUGCAGCCCAGGGCAGCUAGGGGGGAGGCUCUCCUGUCCAGCGUGAGGGCACUCGCGCAGAGCGCCAGAGCAGGUGCCUACUUGGAUCGCGAAAACUAUAGUGAGAUGACGGUCGGGACCGGACAUGAGGAAGGGACCAGCGGAAGGUAAGCGACCACUUUCCCCACCUCAUUAAGGCCCUCACAGACAGCCUUGGGACAGGCAGCAGCACAGCCACAACAGGAGCCCAAGCACGCACCUUACCACACCCAGGGCCAGAACUAGGG